AAGAGAAAAACUCCCCAACAAAUCAAACCACAAUAAUAACAAUGAAACUUUUAAAACACUAAAAGUCCAAAGUAUAUAUAUCAACCAUAUAAAAGAAGCAAGAAUAUAAUAACAUCACUCUCCUUUUUUAAAGCCCCAUAUAUACAUAUAGAUUUGUAACUAAUUCCUAUCUCUGAUUAUACUGUUAAAUAGUCUUGAUAAGCUUCAGAAAAAAAAAAUAUACUAAAAAUACAAUCAUAUAAAUAUAUAUAAAUAGAUAUAAAAGACAGAGUGUAUACAACUAAUAGAUAUAUAUCAAAUUAUCAAAUGAUUCCUCCAGCAACACAUUCCGCCGGUGAUGGAGGUUCCCCGCAUUGGAAGAACACUCCAAUUCCGUACUUGUUUGGUGGGCUUGCUCUGAUGUUAGGUCUCAUCACGGUGGCCUUGAUAAUCCUAGCUUGUUCCUACCGUAAAUCAUCAUCAUCAUCUUCAUCUCCAACCGCGGUUGGCGCGGCCGGUGGCGGUGAUGAUGAUGAUGAUGAUGAUCUGAAAAGGAGGGAAAUUGAUGAGGUGGUUGUGGAUUGUGAUGAGCCUAAGUUUGUUGUUAUCAUGGCCGGAGAUCAUAACCCUACCUACUUGGCAAACCCCCUCAAUGUCUCCACCACUACCCAAUCUUUUGCAAUUGAGCAAAAAUGAUUUUGUUUUUUCUUUUUUAAUUUAGGAAUUAAUAACUCAUUAAUGAUGUUUUUUUUUUUUUUAUAUUAUUUCUAAAAAAUAGAGUAUUAUAUUAGGAGAGAAAUGUAAUUAAUAUUAGAUGAUAUAUAUGUCUAUGUGAUCCUUUACCUUUUGUUUGGUAGAAGGGAUUAGAAGAAUGAUAAAUUUAUAGUAUGAAUUUGGGAUGAUUAA